UCUGAAUCUCUGUUUUCCUGUCCGAGAAGCUGUCAGACAUGCUUUUGGAGGAGUCACUAAUGAGGGUGGGGGAUCAAAGUGGAAACGUUUUACUCUUCUCUCCAGUUGUGUGUUGAGACGCUCACAGAUCUGUCACUAUGCCAACGAUGACACCUUGAAAGACAAUAGGCGCUGGGGGUGUGAAAAGAAGCGAGUAUAAAGAGGGUGGGUUUAGAUGGAUUCUGAAACAUUUCAUCGUUGGAUGUGGACAGGACAGAAACCUCUAACUCAGGAGAGGGAGUACCACAACUAAAUCAACGUUUAUUGCGUGAAUUCAGGGCUAUGGCAUUAUUUUUGGACCAAUCGUUCGAUUUAGUUAAAACAAUAGCUGCGGGAAGAGAGAAAGAUUUUAUUUUCAACACUAACAUGGUCCAGUUUACAGAUGUAACAACCGAGCAAACGUUGUCUUCUCUUGAACUGGAAAGAACUAACCAUCCAGAGGGACAGAGGAAAAGGAAGAGAACUAUUUUCAGCCGCUCUCAAUUGUCAGAACUGGAGCGCACUUUCGUGGUUACCCCGUACCCGGAUAUCACACUUCGCGAAAGACUGGCUGCACUCACACUGCUUCCAGAAAGCAAAAUUCAGGUGUGGUUCCAAAACAGACGAGCUCGCAGUAUGAAAAGCAAGAAGCUGACCAGACCACUUAGGAGAGUGAGUCCAAACAGGGCAGUGAGCUCAAGCUCUUUACCUACAGCUAGACUUCCAUCGACUUUCACCUCAGAACAGAUUUCUGUAGCUCCAGAACAGAGAGACAGGCCUGAGAGAUAUCAAACGGCCAGCAGAGACUCCAACCACCAGCAACACAUCCUUAGACAAGUUCUGAGUCCUUGGUCUCAAAAUCUUCUGCGUCCAACGCCACCCCCUCCACCUAUUUCUCCAGACCUGCCUGGAGUUCUGCACUGGGGGACCAGACAUCCUGAUACAUCUGGAGCUUCAUCUUUCUCCAAUUGCCCAUCAGACAGGCCAGCCCAGUAUUCUUUCCAAAAUCAGUCAAGUGGUCUCUGGCAGAUGAACUGCUUCACAGCCCACCCUGAAGGUUUAUCUGGACAUCAAGUGAAGUCCUAUUGUAGUGCCAAUCAGGCCGUAUAUUCCUCCAUGUCUGUGGACCAGGUGAUUCCUACACAUCAAGCCAGUUUGGAGGGAGCCCUACAUAGACAGAAUCAGGCCCUGUCACACUACCAUCAGACCUCGCUGGGAGAUAUCUCUGACCUCAUAUAUAGUGCAGCUGUAGUUACCAAUCUAGAAGACUGCUGACAAGCAGUAAAAUUAAUUAAUUUAUUGAGAUAACUUCAUGUAUUGCUCCAUAAACACUAUUGUAAGAUUUACUGUACUCUCUUGGUGAAAUGACUCUCCUAACAUGCAUCAACCCCCACCAAAUUAUUGCAAUGCAGUGCUUUGACCUGGCCAAUGUGAAGCUUGAAAACAGUUGCUUAUCUCUGUGUUACUGAAAUAAUGCAAAUAAUUUAAAACUUCUGUUUAGUGUAAGAAAGUGAGAAGAACAUGUUGUUUUCUGUUGAGUAAUUAUAUGUUUAUUUUCUUUACACACUGGCUUUGGUACAAAUUUUAACAAUGUGUUUUGUAUGCUUUUCUGUGGGUGCAAUGGGAUAACAUCCAUUCUUUUGUAUCAAGAUUAAAAUGUU